AUGCCCGCCCGCCCCACAGAAAGCAAAGACACGUGGAAGACCAGCGAGUCUGCUCAAGAGCAGGGUCUUGAGUACGUGCGGGACGCUUACCAAGUUCCGCUUAGCGAUCGCCCUAGCUUAUUUCCUGAUACGGCCGACGUGCCUCUCAUUGAUCUAGGCGGGCUGUGGAAGGAUCCUGCGCGACGGCCCGCAGUCUUCAAGGACAUAGGGAAUGCUUGUCGCUGCUCCGGCUUCUUCCAGAUUGUGAACCACGGUAUCUGCCAAACCGUGAUGGACGAAGCCCUUCAUGCAGCAUCCAGCUUUUUAGGCCUGCCAGCCGAGGAGAAGAUGAAGUACAUGUCGAGCAACGUGCACGAGCCGGUGAGGUACGCGACGAGUCUGAAGGACGGGAUCGACAAAAUACAGUUCUGGAGGGUCUUCCUCGAGCAUUACGCGCAUCCGCUGGAGCACUGGAUGGGUCAUUGGCCAGAGAAUCCCCCUCAUUAUCGAUACCGUCUCUUUCACCUUCCGGAGAAGAUGGGGAAAUUUUGCGCUGAAGCGAGGAACUUGACGGUGAAGCUGAUGGAGGCCAUCACGGAGGGUCUGGGACUAGGACCCUCUUAUCUGACCUCUAAAAUGGAAGAGGGGAUGCAAGUGAUGGCGGUCAACUGCUGCCCGCCGUGCCCAGAUCCGGAGGUGGCGCUAGGACUACCGCCCCACUCCGACUACACUUGUUUGACCGUUGUUCUCCAGGGCUCCCCUGGGCUUCAGAUCAUGGACCUCGAGGACUGCACCUGGAAGUCGAUCCCGAAAACCCCUGGCGCCUUGCAAGUCCAUGUGGGCGACCAUAUGGAGGUCCUGAGUGACGGUCUGUACAAAAGCGUCGUCCACAGAGCGGUCCUCAAUUCGGAGCAGACCCGGAUUUCCAUUGCUAGCUUGCAUAGUCUCGGCAUGAACGAGACAGUGGAACCAGCCGAGGAACUAGUCGGCGUGCAUGGGAAGAAGUAUCGGGGAAGUAGCUUCAGGGAUCUUCUGAACUUUCUUGCUAGCAAUGACCUUGGAGAGGGCAAGAGCUUUAUCAGUACUCUCAUGAUCAAUCAAUAGCUGCUGGAUCCUGAACUCUGUUUUCUUUGCCCAGCUUCUGCAUCCAUAAUGCAUUGGCAAAUGCUUUUUCUUUCUUUUCACGAUAAAGCAUAUGAAUAGGAGUUGUCGACAUUUCGCUUGUUACCUUCUACUUUAUACCUUUCUU